GUAGUGUUCCUCGUUCUCACUUCGGAGCAUAUCCCUUCUGGAGUCUGCGAAGGGUAGUGAUCUCCUUCAUCAGCCCGCAAGCUCAGCGUGCAAUCUCCGUCUAUUUCCGCCUCAAGGAACAACAGAAGCGUCUAUUCUUCGCUUCGGCUCGGCUGAAGCCGCGACAUCCUCCUUUUCAGUUCAUUCAUUGCCAGAAUCCGACGUGCCCUAACCUAUUCAUUUAAUAGAUGGAUGAUAGCUCAGGAGAUGAGUCAGAAAUAAGUGACUCUCAGAUUCCUGAACAGAAGGAGAAAGCUUUUGCAGAGUUGAAAUCUGGGAAACAUAAAGUGAAAAGUGCAAAUGGCUUGUACAGAUGUCCUUUUUGUGUCGGAAAGAAGAAGCAAGAAUAUCAUUAUAAAGAUGUACUUCAGCACUCUAUGGGAAUUGGUUCCUCUAAUCGUAAAGCUAAAGUGAAGGCUAACCAUCUUGCAUUGUCAAGAUUUUUAGAGAAGUAUUUCACUGAAACAACGAGCCCAUCAUCGCGGUUGGCGGUUUCUCAAAAAUCUUCUAAAAAAGAUAAUGAAGAGUUGUUUGUCUGGCCUUGGAUGGGUGUCCUUGUCAACCUUCUUACUGAGUUUAAUUGUGAUGGCAAGCCAGUCGGUCAAAGUGGCAGUAUGCUGAAAGAACAACUGUCUAGAUUUAAUCCUUUAAAAGUCCAUCCACUAUGGAGUUCCAGAGGACCCAUAGGAACUGCAAUUGUUGAUUUCAGGAAGGAUUGGCCUGGCUUCAAUGACGCUCUAGCAUUUGACAAAUAUUUUGAAGCUCGACACCUGGGUAAGAAGCACUGGUACCAUCAAAAACAUGUUGCUCCGGAAAUGUACGGAUGGAUUGCACGUGCUGAUGAUUAUGAGUCUCCUGAUAAAGUUGGGGAACACUUGCGAAGAAAUGGUGAUCUAAAAUCUGUUUCUGAUGUUACCAGAGAAGAGAAUCGGAAAAAUGAAAAACUUGUUGCAAAUCUUGCUAACGUGAUUGAAGUGAAGAACAAGGAUUUACAUGAACUUGAAUUUAAGUACAACCAAACCACCUUAUCUCUCGAUAAAAUGACGAAAGAUUUGAAGGAAAUGCUGCAUCAUGCUCACAGUCAUUCAGUGAAUAUCAUCAACGAGAAUGAGAAACUAAGAGAAAAGCUCGACUUAAAGAGAAAAGAGCUUAGUUUCAGGUUUGAAGAACUUAAUAAUUUGGUUGCUUUGACCGAUGUGGAGAGAAAGAAAUUAGAGGAUGAGAAAACAAAGAAUGCUAUGAUAAGUAACUCACUUGAAUUAGCAACCAUGAAGCAGAAAGAAGCAGAUGAGAGAGUCUCAAAGCUUCUUGAAGAACAAAAGAGAGAGAAGGAUAAUUCUAUCAGAAGGAUACUAGAACUAGAAAAAGAAUUAGCUGCAAAACAAAAGCUUGAACUGGAAAUUGAACAACUAAGUGGUAAAAUUGAAGUCAUGAAGCAUAUGGAAAGUGAAGAAGACUCAAUUAAGAAAAGGAUGGAAGAGAUGCAAGCUGAGCUGAAUGAAAAAAUUGAAGAGCAACAAUAUCUGGAGUCUCUUAACACAAGCCUUACCUCCAAACAUUUUGAGAGUAACACUGAAUUGCAGCAUGCUCGGAAGCAAUUGAUUAAGGGAUUGAGAGAUACAAUGAACUCCCGAAAUGCUAACUUUGGAGUAAGAAGGAUGGGUGCACUCGAUGCAAAGGUUUUUCAAGCUUUGUGCAACGAAAAGUUUUUGAAAGAAGAAGCUGAUGUUAAAGCUACGUUGUUGUGUUCUGAGUGGGAAGAACAUUUGAGGAACCCAGACUGGCAUCCGUUCAAGGUUAUCAUGGUUAACAAUAAAGAGGAGGAAGUAUUGAGGGAAGAUGAUGAGAAGCUGGUUUCCCUGAAGGAGCAAUGGGGUGACGUCGCGUACCAAGCUGUGAAGAAAGCUCUGUUGGAGCUCAAUGAGUACAAUCCUAGUGGAAGAUAUAUUAUACCUGAGCUCUGGAAUUUCAAAGAGGACAGGAAAGCUUCAUUAGGUGAAGUCAUUGAAUAUGUGCUUCAGCAGUGGAAAAUAAACAAGCGUAAACGGCCUUAAUUCAGAAGGUUAGCAAGGACGAAGUAGAAAGAAAAGUCAAUUAUAAAAAAGGAUGAAGCUGGAAGAAGAGCUGAUAAGAAAAAGGAUGGAAGAGAUGCAAACUGAGCAAUAUGUAGAAGUGUAUCUUAUAAUUCAAGCUUCGCCUGCAAGCAUUUUGAUAGCAACGCAGAGUUGCAGGAUGCUCAGAAGCAACUGAUUAAGGUUGAAUUUUUAUUUAUUUAUUUAUCUAUGUUAAAAUUUUGCUGUCAUCUAUGUGCACAAACUCAUCUAU